UUUAUAAGAAGUAGUAACAACUCCGCAGCCUCCGCUAGCUAUACUUUAUCCAUAGAUACCCUGAAACAUACUAAUGCCGCCAUUUCAAAAUGGCUGCCACCAUCGCCAACUGUCCUCUGAUACCUGAAGCCCAGCCCAUCAUCUUACUCCCCCCGACUCCUCGUUUCACUUUCAUUCCCUGAUCCAAACAACAGUCAGCUCUCUGCAGCAUCACUGAACAGUUUGCUGUUGUUCUGCUCUCAGCAGCAGAGCGACCAUGAUCAACCCCUGGCUCAGGCGUUCCUACAUCGUCUUCAACAUCUCCUUACCGAUUGUGGGUGGAUUAUUCUUGGCUGGGCUGUAUCCAUCACUGGACGACUUCAGCCGAGGAAAUGAUGUUAGACAAAAAACACCAUCUGAUACUGGAGACGCACUCAGUCAACUCUCUGUUAGCCAGUUUGACAGACAGAGAACCGAGCCCAUCAUCCUUUAUGUUGUUGGCUCUGUUACCAUGCUGAUCGCCAGUUUGGGCAUCUAUGGAGCUCUCAAGGAGAACCUGGUGGCUCUGGCUGUGAACCUCAUUGGAAUACUCCUGAUGAUCGGCGCUGCGGUCCUCGUUGUCUUCGCCCGGCCGCAGUCUGAGAGUCGGAUGGAAGAAAGGUGGCUUUCGUUUCUUCCACUGGAUCAGGCUUCAGACGGCGUCAAGAAUAAGGCCGAAGCUCUGCAGACAUCACUGCACUGCUGUGGCCUGCUCAGUUAUGAGGACUGGCAGCAGAACAUCCCCGACUCCUGUCUGUGCAACCAGGAGGAGAAGGAGGAGGAGGGAAAGUGUCAGACCAUCGACUACGGAAACUUUCUGCUGAACCUGGUCAGGGAGAAGAAGUCCGUCUUCAGACAGAACUGCUUCCCCCUCAUGCUGGACUCUGCUACAACAGACGCUAACAUCAAACUGUGCUCAGUGAUCACUCUGCUUCUGCUCACGCUGCUCGGCUUGGUGCUGUCGUCACUGAUCAUCUAUCAGAUGUUCAUCAACCGGCCGCCUGGUUACCAGCGCCUGCACAACCUGCUGGCAUAUGAGACUGAAACAAAACCCUGAUGCUUCACAGUGUUCCUGCUGAAGACGACAGGACGAUUAUCGCAAGUAAAGAACCGUCGAGGGUCAGAGUUGUGAUGUUUACCCUCAGAAGAAGAGUGAGAUACGUUUCAACAUGAAUAACUGACAAUAAGGAGGCUGCUGGUGACUAUUUCAGACGUGAUUAUUGUCCCUUCGCUUUCUGCACAUUUUCAAAAUCCCGCCUCUACAGCAAACUACAACCUCUGAGCUCAGAACAUACACACUGAAACUAGCAGGUUGUGCUAACGCUAACCUGCUGCUAAUGACCAGACGAAUAUAAUUGAUUAAAAGUACAAAGUAGCAUGGAAAGUACUCAAUUCCUCAAAUUUGUACCUCAGUACAGUAAAUGUAUCACAUCCCAUCAUCACCUGCAUCUGAAUGAACUGUGACGUCUCAGUGUCUUCCAUAUUGACUCUGUCUCUGCUUGUAAAAAUGUAUUUUCACAUUUAACCAAUAAAUCCUGAACGCUUCCUG